AUGGGCGACGACAGUGGCGAAGAAACUCAUGUAAACGAAGACGAAAAGAAGUUCGAAGACGAGAUAAACAAAGAGAUUUCGAAGCUAAAAUAUUUCUUGGAGGAAGCAGACGAAUUAAUCGAAAACAGGGACUAUGCAGAGAUGGAUAUUUUGGACAAACGAGCUGGGAAAAUAAUCAACAAAUUGACGGACAUAAUAGCGCAAACAGAGGAAUUAAAACUUGACAAUGGUACGACGCCUCGGGCAGUGAGACAGUGGAAGAAAGACGUGAGAACUAAGUAUUUAUCGUUGGUCGAGGACAAAGAGAAAUUAACACGGGAAGUCAAACGUAGACAAGAUGAUUUAGAGCGAGAAUCUGAGCAACGGCAAACGGAAUUAGAGGAAAAACGACAACAACAACACGAGAGGCGAAUGGCGGAACUUCGUGAGAGACAAGAGGAGCACGAACGUAAAUUAUGGGAGGCGAAACUCGAAGCAGAGUUACGUAUGACGCAAGAAAAGAUGGAAAUAGAGAAAUCGGCUCGGGGGACGACAGCGAAAUUGCCCAAAUUGGAAAUUACACCAUUUAAAGGGACAGCUACGGACUGAGUACGUUUUGAAAAUAUAUUUUUGACACAAGUACACGGAAAACCGAUCACAGACGAGGAGAAAUUCGGAUAUUUGUUGGAGAUGGUAUGUCAAAAGGUUAGAGAUAAAAUUGCAAAUUUAAAACCUGGAGAGGUUGGAUAUAAAACAGCGUGGGACAGGUUAAAAAAGGAAUACGGACAGACUAAAUUAGUGGUAAAUGCUCAUGUAGAUGAGAUAAUUAAUCUGCCUGUUGUCAAGGGACACAAUUACAUGAAAGUUCGAGAAUUUUACGAAGCAUUAAGUUGGAACUAUGAUGCGUUGUUAACACUGAGCGAAGCUGAUAUGCUGAAAGGGUUUGUCAUGACGACAGUGAAUAAAUUACCGCAAGUGAAGCCUGAUCUCGUAAGAAUUGAUGACAACUGGGAGAAUUGGGACAUGGCGGCUCUUAUUGAUGAAAUCCGGAAGUGGCUGAGUCGACACAAGGUGGAUCCAGGAGAAACUCGAAAGGAAGGGUCUUGGUUUACAUCAAAGGGAAGUGGUAACGAAGUACAGACCGGUAAGCCAGUAACUCCUGUAUGUAUUUUUUGUAAGAAAAAUCAUUGGGGAGAUGAUUGUAAGACAGUUGUAUCAUUAGAAGCAAGAAAAAAGUAUUUCGUAGAAAACCAGUUGUGUUUUAACUGUGGCCGAGCUGGACACAGAGCAAACAAGUGCCGCAGUCGAGGUUGUGUUAAAUGUAGGGCUAGGCAUCACACUAGUCUCUGUGACCAGGAGAAUAAUACUGGUAAUUCUGUAUUUACCGGAUAUACGUCACCAGUCGAAGGACAAACACUUCCACCAAUGAUCCCUGUUAAUAUAAAGGGCACAACCCUGUGGGCUUACUUAGAUUCAGGAUCUAGCAGAAAUUUCAUAUCUAGUGAUGCUGCCAGAAAGUUGAAGUUGACCCCAGUCCGUCAUGAAACACGCCAGAUAGUUACACUGAGUGGGACUACAAAACAGUCCUUGCCUAUUUUCGAAGUAACCAUGACAUCGCUUGAUGGUAAAACGAGGGAGAGUGUAGAGUUAACUGGCAGUAAGAUGUCUGAUUUUACAACAGUUCGACGUCCAAAAUUGAGUGAUUUAAAGUCAAAAUACGGACAUGCGGCUGAUAAGAGUUUCUACAUGAAGCAGAGUGAUGAGUACCAAAUGCAUGUUAUUUUGGGGGACAGUACGUACUGUAGAAUUAAGACAGAAGAAGUUUUCAAGGGGGAGCCGGGUGAUCCCAUUGUUGAGGGUACUACACUCGGGUGGACAAUCCAUGGUGGGGAGUUUCCAAGUGAUGGGUGUUGGUUUUCACAUGAGGAUCAGGAUAGCCAACAACUUUAUAGCUUAGAUGUUCUAGGAGUGGAAGAUCGGGGUGAGAACGAUCAACUUGAUGUGCACAGAGAGUUUAAGGAGAACAUUGUUCAUGACAUAAACGGGAGAUACGAGGUAAAAGUUCCUUGGAUUCCAGGGACUCAGUUGAGUGAGACAAAUGAAACGCAGAGUAGAUUACGUUUGAAGCGAGUGGAGAAGAAACUUGAGCAAGAUGAGUGUUUGCGGAAGGAUUACGAAAAGAUCAUUAUUGACCAAGUUGCGGCCGGAAUAAUAGAGAAAGCCCCUGACACGCCAACUGGGGAACGGGUAUUUUACAUGCCGCAUAAACCUGUAAUCAAACAAGAUGCAAUUACGACAAAAACCCGGAUGGUUUUCGAUGCCAGCGCCAAACCACAACCUAUUUCAAGCAGUGUGAAUGAAUGCAUGUACCCAGGCCCUCCUUUACAACCCCUGUUAUGGGACAUACUAGUCCGAGCACGAAUGUCACCAUACCUGUUGAUUGGAGAUAUCGAGAAGGCGUUCCUUCAAAUUGGCCUUGGCGAAGAAGAUCGGGAUGCGUUUCGCUUUCUUUUCAAUAUAAACGGUAGAGAGGAACAGUUUCGUUUUGCACGUAUACCAUUCGGCGCAGAAGCGAGUCCCUUCAUGUUAGGUGCAACGCUAGAAUAUCAUUAUGAUCAACAGUCAGAUGCAGUGAGUGAGACGGUGAGCAUACUCAGAGAGAACACGAGGACACUCUCAAGGUUCAGUUACAAGAUAAUGAUGACGGGAAGCUAACCAAGAGAGCUAUUCUUAGUAGAUUGGGAAGAGCCUAUGACCCAUUAGGAAUUAUUUCACCGACAAUGAUUGAGGGCAAGCGGAUCUAUCGUGAUUCAUGCGAGGAACAGAAGAGUUGGAAUACAGAAGUUUCCCCUGCACUCACAAGGCAGUGGAAUAAUUGGACAAAACAAUUGCGAGACAUUGAAGUCCCAAGGAGUUUGAUGCCAGCCGGUGAAACGAAAGCUAUCGAACUUCACUUGUUUACUGAUGCGAGUGCAUUGGCAUGCUCUACUGUGGCGAUUGCAGUGGUUGAUCAAGACUCUAGAAAGUCAAAGGGGCUGUUAGCGUCAAAAUCUCGGUUAGCCAAGCGCAACACCUCAAUACCUAGACUAGAACUAGUGGGUGGUCAAAUGGGAGCCAACCUGGCCCGAAAUCUUACUCGAGCGCUCAAGAGAUUGCCGAUUCGGUUAGUCGUGAUAUGGAUGGACAGUCUCGUGUCACUUUACUGGAUUUUGAAUCCCGGUAAGCCAUGGAAGACAUUCGUUUCGAAUCGCGUGAAGAAAAUAGCAGAGAUAACGGAAGAAGUGGAAAUUCAGUGGAAGUAUUGUCCGACUGAAGCUAAUCUUGCCGACCUUGGAAGUAGAGGGGCAUCCUUGAACAAGAUGGAGAAAGGUGCAUGGUACGAAGGACCGGAGUGGUUGCUGGAACAAGAGAAGUGGCCAGAGCAGCCAAACUUAAAGUCGUCAUCAGAAACCCAACAUGAAGAGAAGCCCAUUCGUGAGAUAGUCUCCUUCGUCGGUGAACGCCAACAUGACGAGUUCGACGAGCUCUUGAUGCGUAGAACAUACUGGAGUACCAUUCGGAUUACUGCGUGGAUCCUCAGAUUUGUGUACAACCUUCGAGCGAAGAAGAGUCGAACAAAGAAACGUCGGGGUCCUCUUACCACGGACGAGAUAUUAGAGGCGCAGAAUUGUUGGAUACGGCGAGAGCAGAAAUAUGUCGCGCAUGACCUUGAGCAACCAGAGUGGUCCCUGGUGGAAGAUCCAGUCACGAAAGUGUUGAAGUGUCAAGGCAGAAUUCCAAACUACACCCCCAUCUACUUGGAGGAAGGAUUGUUCGUGACGAAGUUGAUUAGACAUGUUCAUACAGAAGUUAUGCAUCUAGGAGUCGCAAGCACUAUGGCUGAGAUAAGGAGAAAAUGGUGGAUUCCACAUCUUCGUUCGCUGGUGAAGAGACGUAUUCACGAUUGUAACGUUUGCAAAGUAUUUGCAGCAAAACCGCUAAAACCAUCAACUACUGCCUCAUUACCGAGUUUCCGUAUUGAAGCUGUCCGACCGUUUCAGCACACGGGCGUGGAUUUUGCCGGACCGUUGAUCUACAGAAAGAGAGACAAAACCGAAGGGAAAGCGUCUAUCAUAAUAUUUACUUGUGCUGUCGUUAGAGCGGUACAUUUGGAAGUGACAAAAUCUCAGUCCGCCGAAGAGUUCCAGAGGAAGUUGAAUUCGUUCAUUACACGAAAGACCAGACCACAACUGAUAGUGUCGGAUAACGCAGCCGUGUUCAAGGCAACCGCGAAUUGGAUCCGAAAGAUUCGGAAGGACGAGGUACUACAGAAUCACUUAGCAACCCAGGAGAUUCGUUGGAAGUUUAACCUAGCUAAGUCACCAUGGUGGGGUGGUAUGUACGAGAGAUUAAUCAGAGAGAUAAAGAAGACGUUGUACAAGACGUUGGGGAAGACGCACCUUUCCUUUGUACAACUCGAAGCUGUUGUUAUGGAUAUUGAAAGGCAUUUGAACAAUAGACCUUUAACGUACGUAGAGAGCGAUGGAGGUGAUGAAGAGGUGUUAACUCCAAAUUCGAUUGUGUGGGGACAGCAGUCCCACAUCUUGCAAGAUAUCGAAGUGGAAGACGAGGAACUUACGAAGUUCAAUCGAAGGCUAGUAAAGGCUAGAGAACACGCGUGGACUCGAUUACGAAAGGAGUACAUACACGGGUUGAUGGAAAGUCAUCGUAUUAACCGAGCGAAAUCACAACCGCCGGAAGUUGGGGAGAUUGUUCUGAUCGUAGGGGAAGAGAGAAACCGUGGGAAAUGGAUGAAAGGCAAGGUGACGCGAAUCGUGAAGGGAGUAGAUGGAGUAGCGAGAGGAGUCGUAUUGUUGCAUAAGGGUAAUAGACUUGAACGGCCUCUCCAAGCGAUUUGCCCUUUGGAGAUUAAGAGCGUGACUGCAGAGACGGUGGAGAAGAAGAAGGAAGAACCGAUCAAGCCCGUUCGAGAGAGAAGAGAGGCUGCUGUCGAUGCGCAGGCCAAGAUACAGCAGUUAGCAAAGGACGAUGCUAUUUGA